CUAGAAUGCAGCAUGCGCAGGUCCAGCAUGGGGAAACAACAGCACCUUUUCGACCUGAAACGCCCAUGGCCAAGACACUGAUGGACAUCGGCACCAGACGGAUCUUCUCAGAGGAGCAUGACCUGUUCCGUCAAAAUGUGCGGCGGUUCUUUCAGGAGGAAGUUGUUCCACAUCACGCUCAGUGGGAGAAGGCUGGAGAGGUCAGCAGAGAGGUUUGGAAAAAGGCCGGAGAACAUGGAUUACUGGGAAUAUAUACACCUGAGGAGCAUGGAGGAAUCGGAGGGGACCUUCUUUCUGCUGCUAUAGUGUGGGAGGAGCAGUGAGUAGCCCUGCCCUCACCUGUUUAUCACAGUAGCUCCUCCCUUACCUGUCUG